GACCUCGAAGGUGUCACCGGUGCGCAAGAGGAUAAACUUCAGGAACGCCGAAGGAUUCGUUGAGAUUUGCGAAUAGUUCAGGCAACAUGAAGACCCAGACGCUCCUAUGCCUGUGCGGCCUGUCGCUGGUGCCUCUGCUGCUAAGCAUCGAGGCGCGCAGCUUAGCCUCGAUUAAAGAGAAGAGCGACAACUUGGUGACAGCUCGCACGGGCAUGCUGUCCCGCUUCGAGCCGCUCAUCUCGAACAUGGUGGUGCCUUUCCUGGUGGCCACCGGCGUCGUCAGCCUGGUGCGCAUGGUGCCCUCGGUGGUCUCGCAGAUACCCAACGUGUUCGGCUUCGCCAAGCGGCACGGCUACACCGAGCUGCCCCGAGAGGUGCUCGAGAUAAUGCAGAUGCUCGACGGAGCGAACAUCAAGUACGACGUGCAGCAGCAGCAGCCUCAGCAGCACGUGUACCACACCACCAACCAGCGGUACCCGAUGUACCACCAGCAGCAGAUCUACAAGGCCGCCGCAGCAGCCGCCUCCGGCAGCUCCAAGCCUCAGAGCCAGCAGGGCUGAUCGAGCACUUCACCGUCAAACGGGACCUGGAAAGGGAACGGGUAGCGAUAGCACCUGUAGAGAG